AUGAUUUCUUUUGUAGAGCUACAAUUAAAUAAUGACGAAGAAGAUAUACCUGAUGACUUAAUCAUGUUAGUCAGUGGGGUUAAAGUUGAAUAUAUCUUGAAAUCUCAAGAGUCUCGCUUGAAGACUUUAAUUGAAGAUGUUGAUAAGCACAAUGAUGAUCGAGCAGUCACUCAAUCUCGUACUUUCAACAAUGAGAUUUCAAACUUACGCGAUGUUUCACAAGAAUGUCAUGAACGUUUUGAGAAACAAUUUGUUGAAACAAAAGUUUUCCUAAAGAAUCAGCUGAAAGAAAUUCGAAUAUUGAUGGCUACCGAGGUGCAGAAAUUUGAUGAUAAUGACCCUUUGUUACACAAGAAGGUGGAUGUUGUAGCAAAUGCCACUACAAGAUUGAUCAAAAAUAUCACUACUUUCAAUAUAGAUUAUUGA